UGUUACCUGGAGCAGGGAGAGAGGAGGAAGGAUGCAGAAUUAGCAUGCGAACAGCAGGUGUCUAGUAACUGCGAAGGAAAAUACAGCCCAAGAGUCCCCGUCUCCCCACCCCGGGGCCCCUCAGGGCGCUGAAGGGCAAAGGAAUAUCGAGUUCUGCUCACCACCUCCUCCCACAGGGCUCCCCAAGAGCCAGCUGAACCCCACCGCCUGGCUCGGAUUUGUCCGGUGCCAGCGCUUUGUAGGUAUCUUAAAAGGGGGGCGGACGGACAGGGGAAGGCUCCUGCAUGGAGUGUGCCCUGUCUUGUUGCCCCGGCUGUGCGGCUCCCACCUAGCACACAGGGCUGGAGGAUGCACGGUCCAGCCCACCCGUUUGCUGCAAGGACUCCCGAGGCUGCUCUCGCUCCUGCCAGGUGCGGCUGCUGCUGCUAGUAGCUAGUCAAGCGUGUCUCCGGCUGCAAACUCCCGCAAACAACGCGCGGCAGCCGCCUCCUCCUCCUCCAGGGACAGGAUCCAGCAAGGCUUCGCCGAGAGCCCUCCCCGCCGCCCCCGUGGGCCUCGCCUCACCAAGGGAGUGGAUUUCUCUUCGCCUUGCUGGCGCCCGUUCGAGCCGCUGCCCCGCGCCGGGGCAGGGAAGGGGCUGCCCGGGCUUCCCCCCAAAGCCAUCGAGCGCUCGCCGCCGCCGCCGCCGCCGCCGGGCUGCCUCGCCUUGGGCCCCACGACGAGCCGCGGCUGGCGGCAUUCGCAUGGGACGGUCUCCGCCGCCCUCCCGCCAGCCAGCCACGCGGCGGCAGCUUCCGACCUCAGCCGGACGACUUCUCUGCUCGCUCCUAGUGCCCGGCGCAGAGCGGGGCUGGCUCUUGGCGGCGCGGAGGUUGGAGGGCGUGGGGGCGGGGGGGGGGUGUGUGCGGGCGCGUGCCUGUGUGUGCUUCCGCCUCAGCAGCCGCAGUAGCUAGGAGGGAGCAAGGCUGGCUGGUUUCCCUGGGCACCGCCAGGUCUGCGUCUCGCUAGCCUGUGAUACACUCACGCGCGCACCAGUCAAAUGUGUCACGCUGCAGCGGGCAGCCCGCCACCGCCACUGCCGGAACAGCUGCAAACGGCCCGGGCGAGCCCGCUGCUGAAGGACCCCCGCGCGGGCGCGAGCAACACCUCGGCUCUGACGCCCCAUCUCAGUGCAGCCCCCCUAUAGUUCCCCUUUCAGUCAGAGCCUCUCUCACUCUACUCCCCCCUCCCCGGUCUGGGUGCUCCCCUCCCCCACUUGACUCUCCAAGCCUAAAAGCUCCAUUCCCCUCUUCCCACCUUCCCUCGUGUAUCUGUAUGUUUCUUUGCUUGGCAACCGCCGGCUUCCCUCCGUCAAACGGCGCAGACUGCCCAUCAUUUGCAAUUCAUUUGUUUGGCUGCAGCACCGAGACGGGAAGGUUGGGAAAUUUAUUGAAUUCCUUUCCCUCCCUGUGCAAAAGGAAGCGAUGAAAUUUCCAAUCGAGACUCCAAGGAAACAGGUGAACUGGGAUCCUCAAGUGGCUGUUCCCUCAGCCAUGCCAGCUUCUGAGCCUAAGACUAACGGGCACCAUCCAGCUCCACGACUCUCUGUUUCUUCCCGGACCACUGUGGUCGCCACCAUGGAAACCACCUCCCAGGGCUUGCAGACAGUUAUGAAGUGGAAAACAGUGGUGGCCAUCUUUGUUGUGGUUGUAGCUUACCUGGUAACUGGAGGUCUUGUCUUCCGUGCCCUGGAGCAGCCUUUUGAAAGCAGCCAGAAAAAUACGAUAGCCUCAGAGAAGGCGGAUUUCCUUCGGGAGCAUAUUUGUGUGACCCCAAUGGAGCUGGAGACUCUGAUUCAGCAUGCCAUUGAUGCAGAUAACGCAGGAGUCAGUCCCAUAGGAAACUCUUCUAACAACAGCAGUCACUGGGAUCUUGGAAGUGCCUUUUUCUUUGCUGGAACAGUCAUCACAACCAUAGGGUAUGGGAACAUCGCCCCAAGCACUGAAGGAGGCAAAAUUUUCUGCAUUUUGUAUGCCAUCUUUGGGAUUCCACUCUUUGGCUUCUUGCUGGCUGGAAUUGGAGAUCAACUAGGAACCAUCUUUGGGAAAAGUAUCACAAGAGUGGAGAAAGUUUUCCGAAAAAAACAAGUGAGUCAGACAAAGAUCCGGGUGAUCUCCACUAUCCUCUUCAUCCUGGCAGGGUGCAUUGUCUUUGUGACCAUCCCUGCAGUCAUUUUCAAACAGAUUGAAGGAUGGACAGCUUUGGAGUCCAUUUACUUUGUGGUCAUCACUCUGACCACAGUUGGCUUUGGUGAUUUUGUAGCAGGGGGAAAUACUGAUAUCCAUUAUCGGGAGUGGUACAAGCCCUUAGUCUGGUUUUGGAUCCUCGUCGGCCUUGCUUACUUUGCUGCUGUCCUGAGUAUGAUUGGAGACUGGCUAAGAGUUCUAUCCAAGAAGACAAAAGAAGAGGUUGGUGAAAUAAAAGCCCAUGCGGCCGAAUGGAAAGCCAACGUGACUGCUGAGUUCAGGGAAACCCGGAGGCGGCUCAGUGUGGAGAUCCAUGACAAGCUUCAGAGGGCAGCUACCAUUCGGAGCAUGGAACGUAGGCGCCUAGGGCUGGACCAGAGGGCCCACUCACUGGAUAUGCUCUCUCCAGAGAAACGCUCUGUCUUCGCUGCCUUGGAGACGGGACGCUUCAAGGCCUCAUCUCAGGAAAGCAUCAACAACAGACCUAACAACCUGCGCCUUAAAGGGACAGAACAGCUCAACAAGCAUGGGCAGGGGUCAUCUGAGGACAACAUCAUCAACAAGUUUGGCUCCUCAUCCAAGUUGACCAAAAGGAAAAACAAAGACCUGAAAAAGUGCAUCCCCGAAGAUGUGCGGAAAAUUUAUGAGACCUUCCGACACCUCUCCUUGGAUGAAGAGAAGAAGGAAGAGGAGACUGAGAAGAUGUGUAACUCAGAGAACUCUUCUAGCACAGCUAUCCUGACCAACUGUAUUCAGCAACACUUGGACCUGGAAAAUGGAACUAUCCCCACCGAAACCAAAGAAAGGGAAUAUGAAAACAAAACAUUACUUGAAGACAGAAAUUAAAUGUAAAAGAUGCUUGACUUUAAUUAAAUUAUGUUAGUGUUUUUAUAUACAUACAUAUAUAUAUUGAGACACGUGCCUUACACAGACUCCUUAUUCAGUCUGAAUUACAUAGCAUCGAAGAAUAUUUCACUGUGCCAUAAUGACUGAAGCUUGCUCUGCCAAAAUGAAUCAGAAAUACAGCACUGGAGAAUGGCAACAGAAAGCAACACAUGGAGAACUUCAGCCUGUGUAAAUUACAGUGGCAAAAAGCAAAGGGAGAAACUUACCAUGGCAAUACAACUGGAAUGCUACCAUCAUGGCAUAAUGUUUGCAAAGGACAGCUAUGUUAGAAGAACCCGUGGGAGGGUGAAAAAAGAGGCGGGAACUGUGUGUCUUUUAAAUUGAUCAUGGCUUCACUGAGCCUCCCACUGGUGAUUGAAAAGAGGAGAAAUGAUUGGGAUGAACUAGCAACUUUCAAUCAGGCUGAGUUUACAUUUUGGCACGUGAUCCAAGCUAGAUUUUUUUUCAUUUUAAAAAUCAGAUGCAUUAUCUUUCUAAACUCCAAAAGCAUGUCCCUGGACUUGGAAGCCAGUUGGACAUUGGUUGUGAAAUCAAGGCAAACAUAUUGAAGGAUGUAAUUGCUUUUUUCAUUUAAAAAAAAUACAAAAAUAUAAAAAAAAAUUCCUUUCCCUCAGAGGAAAUAUCUGAUAUAAACUCGCAAAUACUUAAUAAAAAGCAAGUUCAAAAACUACAUGGUUUAAAAGAGGGGGGAAAAGAUAUAUAUAAUGUUUUGCUUGAUGCAUCAAAUAGUGGGCCAAUUUUUUAAAAAUUUUCUUGUUCACACUUUAUAUCACUGAAGGAAGUUCAGUUUUAAUGCUGUAAUACUACAAAGACUGAAAGAAAGCUAUAGUCUUUGCAUGAUGUCAGCAACUGGCUGUUUUCUGUAGCUGAAUUGGAAUUUUAAAGAAUAGACUUAAGAGUAUUUAAAAUACUAAAAUGAGGACCAGAGCAACCUUAGAAUCUCAGGGCUGUAUGUCCCUUUUGGUGGGUUAGGGUUUAGAUAGGAGCUGGUCACACCCUCCACAAACAAUCAAACAAAAAACCCAAACAAAACAAAACAAAAAAAGAAAAUAACCAACAAAAAACUAAAAAAACAGAAGAUCAUAAAAUACGAUGGAAAUAUUUUAAGUGCUUAUAGCUUUAAGUGCCAUUAACACCAUCUUACUUUGUAACUUUUAAAAUAAGUAUUUUGAUUAAUUUAUUUGAUUUCUUUCCCUUUCAGUUUAUUUUCUUUGUUCGAUAUUCACUGUCUCUAAGUCACUUUUCUCAAUAGACUCUGAACAUAACUCUGUGUGUUUUGAGACAAACAAUGAAACACAACCAAACUGUGAGAGUUUUGUAUCUGUCGCUGUGACUGGACGUGCGAAUAUGGGAAGCACAAAUGUCCCAAGACUUCAAAGUGAACAUUAAGAGAAAAGACUGUGAAAUAAUUCAUGGGAACUGCAAACAACACUAAGGCCUGGUGCAUUCAAUGUGUAUAUGGUGCACUGCUUGCCAUUACAAAUGAGAGGUUUUUUGCAUGCUGGAAAUGAGACAUACAUAAUUGCACAACUUAUCCUCCCCAAACCCCCCUCUUCACAAAAUCCUCAAAUUGGCCUUCAUGCAAAGUACUCUAAUUCUAACAGCAUUCCUUGUAGGUUGCCAAAGUAAAUGUGGUGAUAUGCUCCAGACACGUUUUGAGUCCUCCUGGCUAUUCAUACAACCAAGCACUUCCCAGUCAUGCAGGCAAAGAUUUUCAGAAGUGCGUGCCAUAAAAACAUAAUUUUUGUUUGCAUUUUCUGAGAUAUCACAUGCAAAUGGAUACUCAAACAUUUGACUGGUUAUUUGCAUACACAGUUGCCAAGGCUGUGAAUAUGUUCAUGGUAAUUGCACAUGAAAAUGAUUAGUGUGCAUAUUAGCAUAUGCAGUUAUUUGUGCACAAUUUGCAACACUGAACUAAAAGUCACUGCUGCAGGAGGCAAAAAGAACUCUGAGUAUGUUCUUUCCCUACAGAUUCACAGCACCUGAAAAAUUGUGUUCUAACUCAAUUUGCUUAUGAAAACCAGCUGUCCUAGAAUUAAGAAUGAAAAAUCACUGGUUGAGAAAUUGCAGUAAUUUCAGACUGGUUUAGCCCAAUAAGAUCAAGUAAAAAUUGGAUUUUGCUUAGUCCCCGAUGAAUCUGUUAAGAUACUGGGCUAGAUUCUGGCUUGUGUGGAGGAGCCUUGCUCUGUAGCCUUUCUCUAUAGCCGGAGGCCUCAGGAAGCACUGUGGCUGGUUCAGCUGGAAUUCCUCCUGGAGGCUCCAAUGGUGCACAUAUCAAAGCAGCAUCUUUGCCACCCUUUGAAUGGGUGCAGUGUGCACUCCCUUCUCUGACAGAUCAGUGCUGAAGAGAUAGGGCCAUGGCCAUGCUUAAAUCCCAGACCUCGUUACAGGGAGUAGGGUCUAGCCAAGGAAUACAAGUGCUUUUGCCCUCCUCCCACUCUUGUGGACUCAUGUGGGAGCUGAACCAAAUGUGGGCUGUAAUCAGGAUUCUGACAUUCACAAUGCCACUUGCAAACAAAUCCCUUGUUAUCUCAUUCUGAAAUAAGUUGUAUCAUAUUGUGUUAGCUAUAUAGGUCCCAAAUAGAUGAAUCACACAGGACUCUGUAUCUGGACUCACUAAUGUUUAUGUUUUUCAGAUCUGGGGUUUUAUGGACUUAGGAACUAGCUGCAAAAGUCAGAUCUGGGUUUGGAUUCCAGACAAGGUUAAGGGACAUUCAGAUCUGGAUCCUUGUCUAAUUAAAGUGCUGUCUGGAAAGCCUAUAUUGCACUUUAUUUGUUCAGUUUGCUGGAACUGAAGGAGGAUUCCAAAAGCAUAGAGUACAGAUGUAGCAAUUCAUCUUGCUUAGCAAGUGUAAAAAGACAAUAACAUCCCCAGUCUGAUCUCUCCCCUAAACCAUAUAGUACAAGCUGUAGAAAAGCUCCCUGCAUAGCUUCCCUGCAAAUAAGAAAUAAGAGUUAGUCCUACAAAGUGCAUUUACACUGUGCAGGGUCAGGGAAAGGCAGAUCAGCCAUUCUUUUGAGUACUGCCCUCCCCUUUUCCAUGUGGUCAGGCAAACCGACAGUUUGGAGAAAGUCUGGAAUGUACCUCAGCAUAAACUCUUUAAAUGAAUGGAGGCAGUGUUUAUUGGCCAAAUUCAGACCUGGUGUAAGCAAGCGCAGCUUUAUUGAGAGAGAGGACUGGACUAUUUUGCCUCUUUGAUUCCACCAUCCUUUGUGUUUACUGUUCAUGUUCUAACAGUGUGCAUGUCUCCCCUCACUUGCUGCGUAGCCAAGCUAUACAUAAUUCCCCAACUGACAUUUCAUUAGGGACUGUCUUGGACAUCUACUGGUUUUGAAUGUUUUUGAUCAAGGGACAAAGGGUGAUCCAAGCUAAACUCCCAGUGAGAUACUAAGCCUAACAUUGGAUGACCUUUCACAUGAAAGACAUCGCCUCAAAAAAUAGAGAGCUCCAUUCCCCACCCCUUUAUUUGUGAAACUUGCUGAGAAAGCUGACAGUCUUGUCUCUGAAUAGGAAUCCUUUCAUCUGAUUGCUUUCAUGGUCAGGCAUUGCACAUUAAAUAGUUUAAUGUAGAUUAUUUGGAUGAUACGGUAGAGAGGGUGGCAGUGACUGCACAGAAAGCCAGACUGACAUUUCUAAUCAGCUAAUCUGAUGUCAUAAAGUCCUAAUUCACCUCUUCUUUUUUAAAGCACAUCUCCUGUAUGCAGCAGUUUGGGAAACCAUCUCAGUUGAAGCCUUGACUAGAAGCAUGGCUAAAAUCCCUGUUCUCUUGUUUUCAUAAAUAUAUAAAAGCUUUUAAUGUCAUUUCAGUGGAGUUGUUGCACUAUUCUUGAAUGUUUUAAUGAAAUAUGGGCUGAACCAAACCCAAACCCAUACCUUCAGGUUGCUGAUUCCCAGCAGCUUUCCCAGGAUUGGAAGAGCAAAGGGAUGAUUUAAAUCCACUUUGCUCCUUGCUGCUAUACUGAGCACACCAUGGCUAGACAUGAGAAUCUGGCCUUAAACUACUAAGGAAAUUGAUUGUCUUUAGCCAUAGCUCCCAAAUCCAGGAAGCCAAACCAGCUGCAUAUUUUCCUACAAAUUCUACGCCCCUCUGCUCCAGUUUAAAUUCACUCUUGUGCAGGAGGGUUCUGAUGUUUCCCCCUGGAGAUCCUGCUGAGACACUAAUCAUUGUUAGUAUAUUACAAGCACCUGGAUAGCCAGGUGGCUCCAUUCUAUUCCAUCCCUGGCAAUAUUUGCAUGAGCAUCUGGCUGUUUCGAGAAAGGGUUUUAACUUCAUCCAUGUGAGAUUCUCCGUGGGGUUAAUUCACUCUUUCACAGAUUAUAUGGGUUAUAUGGGUUUAUACCUAUAAAUAAAUGGUCACAAUGAUUUACGUUCAUUUAAUCCCAUCUUGGGUGUUAGGGUGACAUUAUAAAUCACUUGAUCUUGUGCUGUCUGGGUUUAUGAUGUCUCCAGAAACUCUUGGUGGAGUUAUGUGCUUGUUAAAUCAGUGCAGCCCCUCCCUUGUCUCUGUGUUUUAUACGAGUAUUGCUAAUUCAGGAGGAAUCUUGCUCAUGUCCAUUUCUUACCCAACACCAUCAAUAAAAUAUGGGCUGGAGCUGGUGCUUUCUAGGAGCAGCAGGGUCUUCCCUAAACCAGUGGAUGUAAAGGAAAUGAGGGUUGUGACAAACCCUGAGAAACCUUUCUCUGAAUUUGUGUUUUUGUAUACAUUGUUUAUGUGCUUUUUUUGCUUCCAGGGCCCAUUGAUGGUACCAAAAUAACCUGAGAUCUGCUUCCCAGGCUUUUUCCAUCAUCCAGGAAGAAAAAUACCAUGUAAAGACCAGAGUUUGCAUUAUUUAGCAUUUUAUCCUGGGAAACAAUAGUGCCUCAGUGAUGUACUUUCCAGGAAAAUGCAUGCCGGGAUGUCACUUGGAGACUGGCUAAUUCCCAGGAUUUUGGGAGAGUCACUAGAGGUCUGUUGUGGCUUUUGGACCUGCUAUUUUUAAAAUUCACCUGUGAGGUGCCAUGCACACUUAAUGGUAUGGCAUAUCAGUAAUAAAUACAGCUCUGUAAGUGGGUCCUGAGGCAAUAAAAUACCCAGAGCAAAAAGGAAACACACAUAGAAAUCAACAGAACUACCUGAAAUGCAAAGAUAUUCCCCUAGUUCACAGCAUGCAACUAAAUAAAGAGGGAAAAGAUCUUAGGCCCAGAUCAUCAUAGGUAUUUAUGUGCCUAACAUUGAUUUCAAUAGGAGUUAGGCACCUACAUACUGUUGAGGAUCUGAGCCUUAGUAUCUUUCUACUCUCUUGUUCUCACUGUAUUUCAAUGAUAUGAUACAACCACAUAAUCAUGCUGGCAAAUGUUGCAUCAUAUUAUUAAAAUCAGAUAUUAUCAAGGUGCCAGUGCUAAUGUCAAGCUGGGAUAAUUUUAAAGGAGUAGAGACAUGGUAUAGUUAGGCUGGAUCAUGCUGUAUCAAAUAAAUCACAUUAAUCACAGGUCCCAUUCACACUGCUUGUGGGCACUCGUGAACAACAUGUGUUUUAAACGGUUGUAAAUAAAACCCUGUGUGCACACACUUUGUACUAAAACAUCUAUGUAGUUUUUGAACGAAACUUAAAUGGUGAUGUCCCUCACCAAAUCUAGUUUCACUUUAAAUCUCUGUACUGUCCCAUGGCAGUAUGCAGGUCACAUAUCGGCCUAGUGUUCUCAGUCUGAAAUACAGAUGCUUCUUAUUUAGCAGAAAAAGGACAUCAUUCUAGCAGAUGCCUGUCUAGACAACUGGGCUUUGGCUUUCCACUUGGAGCUCCUGAAGGGUAAAUCACUAGCAGGUUACCAUCAAUUUGUGGGUGUGUGAGAGAGAAUAUUUUUGUCUCCAGAAUCUAUUCUACGCAUACACAUUUCCUCUUCAUAAGAGCUGUGUGCUGGAAGAGAAAGGCGCCUCAAUUGAUAUGCAAACCAAAUGUACCAGCCUUCAGUCUAUGCCUUAGCUAUUUCACAGAUCCCAGAGUAAAGAAGUAUAUUAUCACCUAUAAUUAGAAAUGGGCAGAAUUGGCUCCUGGAUUGGAAUUGCCUCACAGUUUGAGUGGGUUCAGAUCCAGUGUCCCAAUUUGGACCCUUGUGAUCGAUCUGGGCUCAAAUUGCAAAAUUCAGAUUCAGAUAUAGGUUUGGACUGAAUUUUGCCAGUAUUCCAAAGGCGUUUUAGUCUGAUGUUCUGGAUUGGUGGACUGAGCCAAGAAAGUCUGAUGUGGAGUUCUGAGAUCUGGAUUUGAUAGUGACUUCCUUAGAUUUUUGGGGGUAUCUGCAUGUGGGAUUUGGAUCCACUUUGUCUGUUUCUGGCCCAUUUCAGAUUAUAGUAAUAAUUAAUAAUUAAAUACACUUGCAGAGAUAGACUACCUGUUUGCUUUUUCUCUCUCUUUCUGUAAGAUUUCAUGGUGCUUAGAAAGGCAUUUUCAAAAAAGGGAGGAGUUCAUAAAUGUCAUUAGCCAGGGUACCAAGCGGAAUGUGCUUGUACCAGCUCAAUAAGUUUU